UGUUGUGUCUCUAGUAGCGAAAAUCAGCUGUCAGUUUGUUGAAUGAUAUUUUUUUUACUACUUGCAUGAUUUGCCAGGUUACGAUAGGGGUAGAGUCCAGUUUCAAGCAGAACGUGAACUAAUUUAGAUCUAUGUGUUAUCCAUGUCAUUGUAAGUGCCGACGAAUAAGUUGACGGAAACGGUUUACUAGAGCUGAUAAGAGCGAUAAUUCGAUUGCGUGGAAUCACCAGGUAUCACCGUCAUGUCCAAACUAACGUCGUUGGCCAGACAAACCUGCAUUCGGAAGCAUCCAAUAGGUCAAUGUAAUAUUAUUACAGCAUCAGCAAAUGCUCAUCGAUGUGUUCAUAAUCAGGAGAAGAACGAAUCACGUUACGUAGUUAAACGAGAGGUUGAGGAAGUUAAAAUUCCAGUUCCAUAUGGCGAAAUAGCUGGAAAAUGGUGGGGACCCAAGGACGUUCGACCAAUCCUAUCCCUUCAUGGAUGGCAAGAUAAUGCAGGGACAUUUGAUACACUGAUACCGUUAUUGCCACAUCACAUAAGCUUCCUAGCUAUCGAUUUCCCUGGCCAUGGUUUGUCAUCUCGAAUCCCCAAUGGAAUGACUUAUCACACAUUCGAUAGUGUCUAUCUGGUGAAAAAUAUUAUGAAUCACUACAACUGGAAGAAAAUCUCAUUAUUGGGCCACUCAAUGGGGUCAAUUAUCAGCAUGAUUUUCUCAUCGAUAUUUCCAGAAAAGGUUGAUUUGUAUGUCGGUAUUGACGCACUCAAACCACAUAUAAAUGAUCCAACAAAAUUAGCAAAACGGUUGAGUAAAAGAAUACCUAAGAUAUUGGAAGCAGACAUCAGAAAUCAGAGCAAACAAGAACCUCCAGCGUACAGCUAUGAGGAACUGAUAGACCGUCUUCAUCUAGGUACGGAAAAAUCAGUAACAAAAGAAGCGGCUCCUUAUCUUCUAGAACGAAACAUUGAAAAAUCAUCUACGAACCCUGAGAAAUACUACUUCACCCGCGACAGUCGGCUCAAGUACAGUGGCGGCAUCGGAUGGGGCCAGGAUAUUAAUUUAGAACUCGCCAAAAGGAUGACCAUGCCUUACAUGUUCAUUAAAGCGCUACGUUCACCGUACUACGAGGAUAAGAAAUAUUUCGACGAAUACGUUACGCUUGUGCAGCAGAUUAACCCAACGUUUGAGCUAGAAUUUGUGGACAGCACACACCAUCUACAUCUGACCGAGCCACAGAAGAUUGCUCCGAUGAUAACGAAAUUUUUGUGUAAGCACUGGCAGAAACAGUCCGAUAGUGGGCGCCAGUAGAUAUGAGAUGUAAAAUAAAAUUCGUUCUCGUUAUAACAA